CGGGACAGCAAACGCCGGGUGUGUUCACAGCGUCAACACAGUCGGCCAUAAAGCAAUCGGCAGUCAUACAGGCGACACGUCCUUGAUUGCACAGGCAUGUUUCACACGCUGACGGACGAUAGGACGACCCAUCUGGAUGGAAUUAACCACCGAAUAUGCAUCCAUUCAUGACAGUAGGUGCGGGUUUAGUCCUGGUUGGUAGGGCAGCUGCACUGCAUAUAGUCAAGGCAAGAAGAACCGUUAUUGGCGCCACCAUGGAAUGGUAUAAUGUUGUCAGCACUCGCUAAAGAAUUAGGUGACCUCAUUCUGGACAAAUGUAGAUUCGAAUGUGUGAAAUUCGAAUGUAAGAGGACAAUAUACAACCUUGACGUUGUCAUGAGAAGGACAGUAAACACACCAGACAUGGUCACAAGAAGGACAAUAAGGACCAAAGGUAUUGUCAUAAGAAGUACACACACUACACAUUGUUGUAAGACGGUAAUGGUUAUAGUGAAAACAGUACACGUGCUAGGUUAUGGAAGAGUAUAUAGGUCGGUUUCAAGCAUACAACUCAGCAAGAUAGCUUGUGUAUUCGAAGUGACAAAUAUUGUAUCAAGAAUAUAUAUAAGAGAAAUCUGGUUCAUGGUUUUAAAUGCAACUUGCUAGGUUUAUCUUCUGUCUUAUCUCUCAGACUAUUGACCUGGAUAUCGGCACACGCCAGAUCAGUUUCAGUGGCAAAGGAAUCACUCUCUGUUCUGUUUCCAUGGCGAUGUUCGUUUUCUUCUUCGUUGUUUUCUGUAUCGGGUCCCUGGCACCCACAGCUGUCUCCCUGCCAACCGCCCAGCCCGGAUGCCACGUGAAUGGCCAGUACCACCCUGACGGUUCCUCCUAUCAGCCUUCAGCCUGCAAACACUGCUACUGUAGCAACGGCCGGGAAGUGUGCGCCAUUGCUGACUGUUUCUUUACGCCUUGUGUCGACCCUGUUCACGAUCCCAAAGUGUGCUGUCCUGUAUGUCCGAAUGGUUCCAACUGCUGGGCAUCAAAGCAGAUAAUCCCCGCAGGUAAAGACGUACAAAUUGAUGAGCACACAACGUGUCGAUGUCCAAAUCCAGGAUUCGGUCAAAAGCAGGCAGUCUGUACCAUCGCAAUGACAGUUCUUCCUGUCACAAUACCAUAGUCAUCAUUCCUCAAUAAAAUAGAAGAAUUGUGUGAACUUUUCAUUCGGACAGAUAUACUGAUAUAUAUAUUGAGUUGUAUACGCUCGGAUUGAUUCAAUGAUUCAAUAAUAAAUCGACUCGUGCUCAA